UCUGGUUACACUGUGGCCAACAGCUAAUUGUUGCAAACCUUUUCGAAUUUCUGUUUUUUUUUUAAAUUAUUUUAAUCAAAAUCAUCGAAUAUCAAUCAGAAAACACAAUAAACAUCAGUUUUUUAAUCAGUGAAAAUGUGAAUAAAAUUUGCUGUUGGUUAAAUUAUUUUUAAUUUGGGACACAUAACCUCACUUUAUCCAUGCAAUGGAAACACCAACAAUUGGCAAAAAAGACGCGAAGAGGACUUUAUCGGGUAAAAAGAAGAAAGCUGAAGUCGUAAAAAACGUCCUAACGAAGCCCUAUCAAACAUACUGGCCUAUUCUCACAACUGAAGACAACAAUAAUUUGACAGAAACUCUCAGGAAGCUCCUACCGAGACUGAAGUACGACAAAGUCAAUGUCCCAUACACCAAAAUUAAGGCAAUUCCGAAAGAUGAGCGCAAGAAAUUCCGCCAAAAUUACACCAAACAGGUCCCCCUCGCAACAAGUGACUCAGAUCGACAAAACAUCGUUUUUGGGAUUAACGACGUGUCGAAAUUGUUGGAGAGUCGUGCAGCAGCUUCGGUGUUAGUGGACAGUGGUGUGCAGCCCCGUUUCCUGGUCCAGCACAUCAUAGACCAAGCAGUGUUGUACAAUGUCCCAGUUUUGGUGUCUCCUAUGUUGCGUGACGUGUUUAAAAGUAAGUGUGGGGUGAGUGGGGCUGCAGUCGCCCUAAAAAGGACGAUUAAACCCGAUUCCGAGUUGGGGUUGAUCCACCAAACGAUUUGUAAUAUCUAUGAAAAUUAUCCGGUGCCACGAAACCACAUUCAUUAUCACAGAAGACUUGACGUUAUCACGAUUAGUGAUUCUCCAAAUGUCAGUGUUUGUGUUGUUAGUGACUCUGAAGAUGAAGAGGAAGCGAAAAAUUGUCAUUUGAAAAGAGAGUCACUAAAGCGGGUUUUUGUCCCUCCAGAAUCACAAAAGGUUGGCAAUUGUGUAUUUAUUGAUUUAGAUACAAGUGUUGAGUCCCCUGUUAAAAAUGGCAAAUUCGAUUACCAGCCACUGGUUGUAAAGAGGCUGAAAGGGGACAAAAAUCGGAAUAAGCGUAAAAUGGAACGAUUUAAAAGAAAGUAGAAUUUAUUUUUCCCUCA